GGUAAAGCCAAAGUAUCUCUAAUGAAACUGAAGUUGUUACAUGGUGAAAGUUGUUUUCCACCUAUAUCCUGUAUGAUGCUGAGAAAAUCUCGGUGAGAAAAGAAGGAGCAUUUGGUUCUUCCUCAGGAGGUGAAAGUCAACCCCUGGGAAAAGAGCAGCGUGAUGGAUUCUUCAGACAAUGCCAGCUCCUGUGUGAGGGAGAACACCAAUCCGCAGGAAGAGGAUGGAAGAAAGCAGCAGCACCCAAAAGUGAAAAGUUUCUGUUCAGUAAGAUAUGGCGUGGCCAUCAUGAUACAUUUCUGUAAUCUAAUAAUAACAGCCCAAUUUGCCAGUCUGAGCAUUGCCAUCGUUGCCAUGGUGAACCACACAGACCAGUCAAAUCAAUCCAAUGUUUCCACAAAGAGACAUCCUGGUGCCGCUGCAGAUAUAGGGGUACCAGUAUAUGACUGGAACCCAGAAAUCCAGGGUCUCCUCCUUAGUGCUAUACUCUACGGUUCAGUUAUCACAACAAUACCAGGUGGUUAUUUCUCUGGAGUUCUUGGAGGAAAGAAAAUAGCUGGAUUAUCAUUACUUCUCUGCUCAGUUCUCAGCCUCUUGACACCAUUAGCAGCAGACUCCGGACUGCCUUACUUGUUUCUUGUAAGGAUAGUACAAGGCCUGUCUCAGGGGAUGAAUUUCAGUGCUCUAGCUGCAUUUUGGCCAAAAUGGGCUCCACCACUGGAACGUACUCAACUAAGUACCAUUGGUUUAUCUGGUACAACAAUGGGAAAUUUCAUUGUGGUCAUCGCGGGUGGUUUCCUCUGUGAGUCCCCAGGCUGGCCAAGUAUCUUCUACAUAUUUGGAGGCAUUGGCUGCAUCUUCUCUAUUAUCUGGUUUUCUCUUGUUUACGAUGACCCUAGGGAACACCCAUUUGUAAGUGACAGUGAAAGAGAAUACAUUAUUUCUUCAUUGGCUGAACAGGCCAGUUCCCCUAAUUGGUCUUUGCCUUUCAAAGCUAUGAUGAAGACUCUGGCAAUCUGGGCCAUUAUAAUACCUAACAUUUGUCGAUUCUGGUUAACUAGCAACUUAACAACAUCGCUGCCAACACUACUAGACAAUAUGUUUGAUUUAAACUUUGAAAAGAAUGGGUUUCUGAGUGCACUGCCUCUGAUUACAUCAUGGAUCAGUAUGACUGUGGGAAGUAAAAUAGCUGAUUUCCUCCUGUCCAAGAAGAUUCUCAGACUCAUCACAGUUCGGAAACUCUUCACAUUCCUGGGAAUGUUUUUCCCAUCUUUAUUCACCGUAGCUAUCCCAUAUGUUGGCUCCACUACUGCUAUAACCUUCAUGAUACUGGCUAGCUCAGCAAGCACCCUGUGUUUCUCUGGAUUCAUCGUUAAUCCCCUAGACUUUGCUCCCAGAUAUGCUAGCUUUAUCAUAUCACUGGGAACUACUGCCAUGUCGAUUUCAGGGAUCGUUUCUCCCUUCAUUACUGGAUACUUCAUCAACCAGGAGGUGAAAGUCAACCCCUGGGAAAAGAGCAGCGUGAUGGAUUCUUUGGACAAUGCCAGCUCCUAUGUGAGGGAGAACACCAAUCCGCAGGAAGAGGAUGGAAGAAAGCAGCAGCACCCAAAAGUGAAAAGUUUCUGUUCAGUAAGAUAUGGCGUGGCCAUCAUGAUACAUUUCUGUAAUCUAAUAAUAACCGCACAAUUUGCCAGUCUGAGUAUUGCCAUUGUUGCCAUGGUGAACCACACAGACCAGUCAAAUCAAUCCAAUGUUUCCACAAAGAGACAUCCUGGUGCCGCUGCAGAUAUAGGGGUACCAGUAUAUGACUGGAACCCAGAAAUCCAGGGUCUCCUCCUCAGUGCUAUGCUCUAUGGCUCAUUUAUUGCAACAAUCCCAAGUGGUUAUUUCUCUGGAGUUCUUGGAGGAAAGAAAAUAGCUGGAUUAUCAUUGCUUCUCUCCUCAGUUCUCAGCCUCUUGACACCAUUAGCAGCAAACUUGGGACUGCCUUACUUGUUUCUAGUAAGGAUAGUACAAGGCCUGUCUCAGGGGAUGAACUUCAGUGCUCUAGCUGCAUUUUGGCCAAAAUGGGCUCCACCACUGGAACGUACUCAACUAAGUACCAUUGGUUUGUCUGGUACAACAAUGGGAAAUUUCAUUGUGGUCAUCGGGGGUGGUUUCCUCUGUAAGUCCCCAGGCUGGCCAAGUAUCUUCUACAUAUUUGGAGGCAUUGGCUGCAUCUUCUCUAUUAUCUGGUUUUCUCUUGUUUACGAUGACCCUAGGGAACACCCAUUUGUAAGUGACAGUGAAAGAGAAUACAUUAUUUCUUCAUUGGCUGAACAGGCUAGUUCCCCUAAUUGGUCUUUGCCUUUCAAAGCUAUGAUCAAGACACUGGCAAUCUGGGCCAUUAUAAUUCCUAGCAUUUGUCGAUUCUGGUUAACUAGCAACUUAACAACAUCCCUGCCAACACUAUUAGACAAUAUGUUUGAUUUAAACUUUGAAGAGAAUGGGUUUCUGAGUGCACUGCCUCUUAUUAUUUCAUGGAUCAGUAUGACUCUGGGAAGUAAAAUAGCUGAUUUCCUCCUGUCCAAGAAGAUUCUCAGACUCAUCACAGUUCGGAAACUCUUCACAUUCCUGGGAAUGUUUUUCCCAUCUUUAUUCACUGUACUUAUCCCAUAUGUUGGCUCCACUACUACUGUAACCUUUAUAAUACUGGCUAGCUCAGCAAGCACCCUGUGUUUCUCUGGAUUCAUUGUUAAUCCCCUAGACUUUGCUCCCAGAUAUGCUAGCUUUAUCAUGUCACUGGGAACUGCUGCUAUGUUGAUCUCAGGGCUCGUUUCUACCUUCGUUACUGGGUACUUCAUCAACCAGGAUAAUACUACUGGCUGGAAGAAUGUUUUCUUUCUAUCAUCUGCUAUUAACGUAUUAGGAAUGAUUUUCUACCUCGUCUUUGGCCAGACAGACAUCCAGGAUUGGGCCAAAGAGCAGAGACUCACCCGCUUCUGAGGGGCCACGGGAAAUGAACUGAAAAUUAGUUCUACUGAAAACAUCCUUAAAGAUUUUUAAGGUCAUCCUUGACUUCUCAACUCUCAGGCAAUAUACACCAUUGUCAAGCUUGUCUUUUUAAUAUACACAACAUCUCUUAUGUGUGUCUGCUCUUCUCCACUCAGCCACCACCCUAGUUGAGGCCCUCAUCACCCUUGCUUAAUCUAUUGGAAUGACCUUUUGCAUCUCCCUGUUUCAACUCUUCCCCACUCUGAUGCAUUCUCCACACAGCUGACAAAAUUAUUUUCCCAAAGCCCAAAGCGGAUCAUGGCACUCACCUCUAAUCAACAAAUUCCACUGUCUCCCAAUUGCCUCUAGAAUAAAAUACAAAUGACUAUAUUUGAAAUUUAAAGCAUUUCAAAGCAUACCCCUUCCUACCUUUGUGGUCUUCUUAUAUUUUAUGCCUUUCCUCACAUUCCACAUUCUGGACCUGCUGCUUUGCCUUCUCAUUAUUCUGCACAUAUAACAUUUUCAUCUCUACUCUCCAUGACUGCGCACUCACUCGCAUCCUUACCUGGAAUAUAUUCCCUGCACACCUCUGCCUCUUGGAAUCUUAUAUUUUCUUCAAGAUUAAGCUCAAGUGCCAUGAAUAUUUUACUGGUCCCCACCCCAGCUGCUAGGGGACACCCUUCCAAAACAUACCAAUAACAUAUUCAUUUUGUAUUGAGAAAAUUAAAAUUAUUUUGUGUCACUUAAUAACUAAUUCUCUUCUCUAACUGACCCUAUUUUAUAUUUCUUCCCCAUUUUGUAUAAUUGUUCCAGUCACAUUUCUCCAUCCUUGAGUUAAGCUCAGGAAUACAGUUUUCUCUCUGAGUCAAUUUAAAGGUAUAGUUAAAAGGCAAUGUUGUUAUCACUCUGACCAUUACCUCCUGGAACAUCUGCUUGUCAUCUAUAAGUCCCAACCAGCUCAACCUGGUACCAUCCCCAAAAAUGUUUUCAUCCUUGCCUGCAGUUAGAGGUGAUUGGAUAUCCUCCAAUAGGACCCCAAGGCCAGUGGUGCUGAACCCCUAGCAAAUAUUACAAAAGGUAGAUGAGUGGCAUGAAACAAUUAUCAGAGAGGGCCAAAGCACUUUUCUUAGUAUAGCCAAUUGUGGUCUUCCUCAAAUAACCUGACCCCUCUUUUCCUGUAUUUCAAUAAAGAGGAUCUCUUCUUCUCAUUGGGGUCACUGGCCUUGCUAAGGUUGCCAGUCUGACCCACUUUGUUAACAAUUAUACACAUCACUGUUAAUAAAUUGAUUCUGCUCAAAAUCUGCA